AGCCGAGCCGAGGCCAUGGCAGAGGGCAGGGGCAGCGGCGCCGGGCUCUUCGCCAGGCAGGUCCAGAAGCGCUUCAGCCGCGCGCAGGAGAAGGUUUUGCAGAAACUGGGCAAAACGGUGGAAACCAAGGACGAGCAAUUUGAGCAGAGCGCCUACAACUUCCAGCUGCAGCAGAACGAAGGCCAUAAACUGUACAAGGACCUCAAGGCUUUCCUUGGUGCUGUGAAGGUGAUGCACGACAGCUCCCGGCGAGUGGCCGACACACUGCAGGAGAUCUACAGCCCCGACUGGGACGGCCACGAGGAGCUCAAAGCCAUCGCAGAUAGCAACAACCUCCUGUGGGAUGACUACGAGGCGAAGCUGGCCGACCAAGCCCUGCGCUUGAUGGAGAAUUACCUGGCUCAGUUCGGGGACUUCAAGGAGCGCAUCGCCAAGCGCGGCCGCAAGCUGGUGGAUUACGACAGCGCCCGGCACCACCUGGAGGCUCUGCAGGGAGCCAAGAAAAAGGACGAGGCGAAAAUAGCCAAGGCUGAGGAAGAGUUCAAUAAAGCCCAGGCUGUGUUUGAGGACCUCAACCGGGACCUUCGGGAGGAGCUGCCCGUUCUCUAUGGCAGCCGCAUCGCCUGUUAUGUGACCAUCUUCCAGAACAUCUCCAACCUCCGCGAUGUCUUCUACAAGGAGAUGAGCAAGCUCAACCGCGACCUCUACGAGGUGAUGGGCAAACUGGACAAGCAGCACUCCAGCAAAGUCUUCAUCAUCAAAGGUGUCCCCAGCAGCCGCCGCUCUCUGGUCAUCUCGUCCCCAGUGAGCCCCCCGGCCGUGUUCCCCUGCCCGGGGAAGGCACCGGACUGGGGGCCCACGGUGGAAGCAGAGGCGACGGCGACGUCCCCCGGUGCAGGCAGCGGGGCCCCCGAUGCCGUCUCCAAUGGGGAGCCGGGCAGCGCUGUCCCCAGCCCACCCCCGGCAUCACCCGCCAGCGGGGGGUCCCUCUCAGAGACAGCAUCAACCUCCAGCCAGGAGACCCCGGAGCCCGGUCCCAGCCCUGAGGCUCCAUCCCAAGAGCUGGGGACAUCGGGGGCAGCCGCGGAGCCGGGGAGGGCCGAGGGCAUCGCCACCUCCCUGGCAUCGCUGAUCCUAUCCGAGGCCAUUGCCCAGGCUGCCGGCACCGCGCCGCCAGCGCCGGGAAGCGAAGCCCAGGCAUGGGAGGACCCCCCCCAGCCGGGCCCCCAUGGCACGGCCACCACCGUGCGGGGUCGGGCUUGCCCCAUGGAGCCGCUGUCCCCAGUGCACGCUCCCUGCCGUGGGCAGGGUCCCGAUGCGUGCCCAUGGCUGGGGGGUGAGCAGGGGCCGUGCCGGCUCGGCAGUGACUCCGAGGAGAGCGUGGAGGUGAUGGACAUGGAGCCAAAGGUGGCCAGGACCCAGAUGGGGCUGGAUCCGGCAGCGAGCGGCUGCAGUGAGGACCCCGGAUCCUCCUCUGGCUCCACAACCGAGCAGCGAGGCUGUCCCGGGAUGCAGGAGCAGGAUGAGAGGAGCCAGGACCCACCACCAGCAACGAGCCCCCCCCCGGACCCCAGCGAGACCCUCACCUCGCUCUGAGCCCGGAACCGGUGCCUCCGGGUGCCACCAGCGGAUAACGCUGCUCCACCAUAACCGUGAUGUGCUCCCACCCCCAUCCCGGCUGGAAUAAAGGCAGGAAAGGCGGUGACAGGA